AUGGCCGUGCGACCAAGAAAGGAACUCUUUUCCUCCGGGUCGAUUGUAUGGAAAGUGCCUUCCUGGGCAGAACCUCUUAACAGCGGCUCUAAAUGUAAUGCCUCAAUGAAACUUUUGUCCAAUUACGCCCUUGUUUGUGACGGCGCUCGUAAGCUCUAUAUGCUGGAUACACCAAAUCGGACCUCAAAAACCUUCAGUUCCUGGAAUGUUGUUUUGGAAUAUGAAAUUCCUACAGUGGCUCCAUCGGCUUAUUUACUGGAUGCCAUUCAGUCAUCCUCCUCAGCGGAAAUUAAUUGUUUACUGAUAUCGGUUGCCGCAACCACUGGGUCUUCAAAGUCCGAUGUUCAUCUCGACUGGCUGACUUUUGGAACUACUGCCGAUAGUUGGGGCCUUGUACGCCAUCGAAGACUCUCAAGCCCCUCUUUUCCUGACUACGCGGUUUUCGAACCUACGGCUUCCUCACUUACCGUCUGCACCAGCGACCCCUUUUCUGCGGUCCUUGACUCUGCUAAUCCUGAAAUCAAGCCCUCGGAGCCUUCCCAGCCUACUCCGCAACCAUCUGCAGAAGCCGAUUCCAUCACCUCUUCCCUUCGUUUUACUUGGUCUCAGUGCCCACCCGAUGCUUCCGAAGAGGACAGUCGUCUGGUGAACAUUCUGAUCCACCUGGGUAGCCAAAAACCGCCGGAGGUGACGAAGGAGGCCUUUAAAAUCUCGUGCGUAUCCUGUGCACCUGAAGGCCACACCGGAUUUGCCAUGCAGCGUCUGUGCAUUGAAAUGCUCACGGAAGACCCCGAAAAGUCGCCCAUUUCCCUUUGCAACGCGCGUUUGUUUGCUUCGGUUGAGGCCAAUGAGACCAUGUGGACCUACGACAAAGAAACUAACAGGUCUGUAUUUUGA